AUGCCCUGUUCCACGAGGGAGAUGGAUCCUAGAUUUGUAUUGUAUCCAGAUGUAAUCUUCUGUGAAGCUGUUGCUAUAUAUGGUGUUAUUGUGGCUAUUAUUCUGCAAACAAAGCUAGAGAGUGUUUCUACAUCAAAGAUUUAUGCACCCGAGUCUCUUAGAGCUGGAUAUGCAAUCUUCGCCUCUGGAAUCAUUGUGGGCUCUGCAAAUCUUGUCUGCGGGUUGUGUGUAGGAAUUAUAGGAAGCAGCUGUGCAUUAUCUGAUGCCCAAAAUUCAUCACUUUUUGUGAAGAUCCUUGUUAUUGAGAUUUUUGGUAGUGCACUGGGGUUGUUUGGAGUUAUUGUGGGAAUAAUCAUGUCAGCCCAGGCAACAUGGCCUUCUAACUCAGCUUGAUUUGCAUUUUCAUCGGUUCAUGACAACCCGGUCUAUUGUAUGAGGCAGCAUAUUGCAUACGCCAAGUGAGCUCCAUUAUCUUCUUCUCUAGUUAGUUUAGUAUUAGGCAUGUAAAUCUCGUGGAAAUAUAAAUUUUCCUCUCUUUCUUAGUUUGACUGAAUUUGUUUUAGUGGAAAUUGGCUGAUUUUCUUACUAGAUCCUAUCUGAGUUGUAUGUUAGUAAACAAGACCCAUUUGAUUUAUGCACUUUGAAUAAACUCA